GUCGCCUCCUCCCGCCCCCCACGCCGGGUCCCCCGCCUCGUUUUUGCCCUCACAACGCCGCCGCUUCUGAAGCGAGUCAUGGUGGCUGCACUGGUGGCGGCGUGGCUGCUCCUGUCGGCCGCGGCCUGCGCGCAGCGGGAGCGGGACUUCUACGACUUCAAGGCGGUGAACAUCCGGGGCAAGUUGGUGUCGCUGGAGAAGUACCGCGGGUCGGUUUCCCUGGUGGUGAACGUGGCUAGUGAGUGCGGCUUCACAGACCAGCACUACCGGGCCUUGCAGCAGCUCCAGCGGGACCUGGGGCCCCACCACUUCAAUGUACUUGCCUUCCCCUGCAACCAGUUUGGCCAGCAGGAGCCUGACAGCAAUAAGGAGAUUGAGAGCUUCGCCCGCCACACCUACAGUGUCUCUUUCCCCAUGUUUAGCAAGGUUGCAGUCAUCGGCACUGGUGCCCACCCUGCCUUCAAGUAUCUGACACAGACUUCUGGGAAGGAGCCUACAUGGAACUUCUGGAAGUACCUAGUGACCCCAGAUGGAAAAGUAGCAGGGGCUUGGGACUCAACCGUGUCAGUAGAGGAGAUCAGGCCCCAGAUCACAGCGCUUGUGAGGAAGCUCAUCCUGAAGAAGCGGGAAGACUUAUGACCAUUUUUCCUCCUCCCCCACUGUCCCCUUCCCCCGACCUUGCAUGGGUGACCAAAGCAAACUCAAAUGGUGCUUCAGAGGGAGACUAUUGACUCUCCUUCCUCCACUCUUACCCCACUUACACCGUCACUCCUGUGGGGGGGAAAUUCUAGUAUUUUGAUUAUUUGAAUCUUAAAGGCAUCCUAUAGGAACUCCUGGCCAAUGAGAGCUCUUGACCAAUGAAUCGCCAGCCAAUAAGGACUUCUAGUCCAAUAAAACAUGUGGCAAAUAACGGUAUCAAACAACAAUCUCCUACCUACGAAGAACUCUGUAAAAUGGGGCCAGUUCCUACCUCACAGGGCUAUUGUGAGGGUUAGGAUAAAAGACUUGCGAAAGUGCCUAGAGCAGUGCCAGCUAACUAGGAGACAUUUAAUAAAUGUUUUUUGCCUAUAAACUAAACUGUGAUCAAUAAAAACUUGGACCCAACAUGAAUUUCCAGCCAGUGAGAAUCCUGGUCAAACAUUUA